AAACGAGGGAGUACGGACAGAAUAGAUGGACAGAUAGAUUCAUGAUUCCAUCUUAUUAAUUGAAUUUCUUCCCGACUGUUCCAUUCUCUUAUGGUGGUAUAAUUUUUCUUGUGGUCCGAAGCAGCAGAGUGACUCUCUCUGUCUCUUACCUUUCCACUUGGCGAGAGGGCAAAGCUUGCUGACCUCCAUUAUUGCUCCUUGAACAAAGAGCUCCCCCAUGUGCAAGCACUAAAUGCAUCAAUCUUCAAGUACCCCACUUUGGUUUUCAAGCAAAAAAUCCCAGAAUUUCUCCAUAUAUUCCCACCACUGCUUCUAUUUGUGAUUGCUCUGCUUCUUGAAACAGAGAAACUUUUCAUGGGGUUUCAUAACUUGGUUCUGCUACUCUGUUUUGCUUCUUGGUGCUUGUGUUCUGCUUCUCAGCUGCAAUCAUCUCAAGUCCAAGUGCUUCUUCAGCUGAAGAAGCACUUGGAGUACCCAAAACAACUAGAUAUAUGGAAGAAUCGUUGGUCAUCUUUUUGCUCUUCUUCUCCUUCUUCACAAGUAAAUGUCACAUGCCAGGGAAGUUUUGUCACUGAACUAAGCAUAGUGGGCGAUGCUAACCCAUCAAAGGUUAGUGAUUUUAAUGGUUCUCCUAUUCCGAAUCAGACAUUGUCAGAAAACUUCUCUAUGGAUUCUUUUGUGGCUACUCUUGCCAGGUUAACUAGCUUGAAAGUCCUUCGUCUCGUUUCUUUGGGCAUGUGGGGUCCGCUACCUAAUAAAAUCCAGAGACUAAAUGAGCUUGACCAUUUGGACUUGAGUUCAAACUUUCUCUAUGGGUCAAUCCCUCCAAAGAUUUCUAACAUUGCCAAUCUUCGAGUUCUUGCACUCGAUGACAACUUUUUCAACAGUACAAUUCCCGUUUGGUUCAAUUCUUUGACUAAUCUGACAGUUCUUGGCUUGAGUAAUAACAGAUUGAAGGGUCAGUUAGGAGACUUUAGUGCUUUGAGUGCUUUAGAAGUGCUGGAUUUGAGAGAGAAUAGAUUGGCCUCUACACUGCCAAAUAUGCCAAAAGGGUUAAUGAGGCUUUUUCUGAGCAAAAACUCGUUCUCAGGUGAAAUUCCCGAGCAAUAUGGUCAGCUAAAUGGACUUAAACAGCUAGACAUUUCAUUCAAUACACUCACAGGAUCGCCUCCUUCUGAGAUUUUCUCUUUGCCCAGUAUCGUUUUCUUGAAUUUGGCAUCAAAUAUGUUAAGUGGCUCCCUUCAUAGCAAUCUAAAAUGUGGCAGCAAACUCAGAUUUGUUGAUAUCUCACACAACAAAUUGAUGGGUUUCUUGCCUUCUUGUCUGGGAACAGAGUCAGAAAACAGGGUUGUUAACCUUGAAGGAAAUUGCUUAUCCUCCAAGUUUCAGCAUCAGCAUGCAGUAUCAUACUGCACAGAGGUUCAUGUGAAGAAGAACACUUUCAGAGUUGGAAUUUUAGUUGGUGUAAUUAUUGGAGCUUUUCUAAUAAUAGUGGUUCUGGCUCUGGGCAUUGUUGUGUGCGGAAGAUGUUGCCAUAGAGGAAUCUCAGAGCAGCAUCUAUUGAAUAAAACAGUUCAAGAUAGCUCGACAACUGCAGUUGGGCUCUCCAGUGAGAUUCUGGCUAAUGCAAGAUUUAUUUCUCAAGCUUCCAAGUUAGGCAAAGAAGAGCUGCCCGUGUGUCGGCCCUAUUCUCUUGAAGAGCUCAAACAAGCUACAAAUAAUUUUCACGACUCUACCUUUAUGGGUGAAAAUUUAUACGGGAAGCUUUACAGAGGAAAGCUAGAAAAUGGGAAGCAAGUUACAAUAAGGAGCCUGCCAUUGUCAAAAAAGUAUUCAUUCAGGAAUUUCAAACUGAGGUUGGAUUUGCUUGCAAGGCUUCGUCAUCCUCAUCUUGUAUCUCUUUUGGGUCACUGCAUUGAUGGUGUUGUAGCAGAAAAUAAUGGCACAAACGUAUUUCUCAUAUAUGAAUACGUUCACAAUGGAAGCUUCCGGAGCUACCUAUCUGGAACAAGUUCCGGCAAGGUCUUCAGUUGGUCUGAGAGAUUGGCGGUUUUGGUUAGCAUUGCCAAGGCAGUUCACUUUCUGCACACCGGGAUGAUACCCGGCUUCGUCAAGAACCAACUCAAAACGAACAAUAUAUUGCUUAAUGAGAAUUGGACUGCGAAAUUGAGUGACUAUGGAUUGUCCAUUAUCUCAGAGGAAGCUGACAUGAGUGAGGGAAAAGGAGAGAACGCUGGAUCAUGGGAAAUGAAAAGAUUAGAAGAUGAUAUUUAUGGCUUUGGAUUUAUACUUCUUGAGGCACUUCUUGGACCUUCAGUAUCUGCUAAAAAAGAAGCAAUCUUGCCAAAUGUAAUGGCGUGUUUCAACAGUGAAGAUGGGUGGAAGCAGAUAGUGGACCCAGCAGUGCAAGCAAGUUGCUGCCAAGAAUCUUUGUUCAUUGUGAUUUCCAUCACAAACAAAAGCAUUUCCACUGAAUCUUGGAGCCGACCAUCCAUUGAAGAUGUCCUUUGGAACUUACAAUAUGCUUCUCAAGUUCAAGCAAAUUCUGAUGCAGAUCACAGAUUAAAUCCUACCACACCACAUCAUCAGUAACACAAUUUUGAAACUUUUUCUUCUGAAACAUGACAACAAUGGUUUUGAUUCUGUGGGUGGUGACAAAUAUUCCAGUUAGUUAGGAACCAAAUUCAUGUUCAUUCAACUAUGUACCAAAUUUCUUAACUUUUGUGAACACCAAUGAUUAUUACCAUAUAUCGU